CCGUGAUGCGGGGGGUUCCUGGCGGCCAUCUUGGAUCUGCAGGCUGUUGUUUGGAAGAGAAAAUAAAAUUAAAAUAAUUAAUUAAAAGCAGAAUAAAGGAGGAGAAACCCUAUAAACUCAGCUGCGUUCAGUGUGUCUGAAGGUAUGAAGAAAUUCUCCUAGGGCGAGCGUCAUGGCCGAUAAGAGGAAACUGCAAGGUGAAAUAGAUCGGUGUCUGAAGAAGGUUACAGAAGGUGUUGAACAGUUUGAAGAUAUUUGGCAGAAGCUCCACAACGCAGCGAAUGCGAAUCAGAAAGAAAAGUAUGAGGCCGAUCUCAAAAAGGAAAUUAAAAAAUUACAGAGAUUACGGGACCAAAUUAAGACGUGGGUGGCAUCCAAUGAGAUAAAAGACAAAAGGCAGCUAGUGGAGAAUCGAAAGUUAAUAGAAACGCAAAUGGAGCGUUUCAAGGUAGUGGAGCGGGAGACCAAGACCAAGGCCUAUUCUAAGGAGGGGCUGGGCUUGGCUCUGAAGGUGGACCCGGCACAGAAAGAGAAGGAGGAAGUGGGGCAGUGGCUCACUGUGAGUCAACAGCAGCACUAAAAUAACCAUCCGUUC